AUGCCGCUGUGGUCGGUCCCAACGAUCUCGGCGCUCGAGGUGGUCGACGUGCUGCUGAUCGCAGUCGUCAUUGCCUCGAUGGACGUAGCGGUGGGUGUGUGGAAAGCACGACGUCUGCAGCUGUCGUCGAGCGAGACGAAGCUGCUGGCCGAGUACAAUGCGCAGGUGCGACUCGUCAAUCGCCUCAAUUCGGUCGAGACGUUUGUGGCUCAAGCGAAAGCGACGCGUCGGAUGAAUGCGCUCAAGAAGGAGCUCCAAGCGCUUGCAGACAAGCGGCUGGCGGAGCAUGCGCCGUCGGACCUGCAGAAGCUCUUUGACCGUGUUCGAACGCCAGUCCUGCUGGGACUGAUGAUGGUGUACUACUGGAACGAGCCGCUUGUGGUGCUACCACAAGGCUACAUGCUUCCGAUCGAGCGACUCGUGUCGUUCCCAGGUUUCCAGCUUGGCGCUGUGUCUGCCGUAGGCUGGGCAGGCAUCUGUCGUCGCAUCAGCGCAAAGAUCCUGAGCUAG